AUUCUAUCCUUGCAAACUUUUAUUAGAUCACAUCUAACAAAUCCACUUUUGCUUCUUCCCUGCUGCAUUGUCAUUCUACUGUAAUCUUUAUCAUCUUGCUGCUCACAUCCAACACAUCUUUGAUCUUUAACCUCAUCGUUCUCUUCUGUGUCGACCAAACACUUUUGACUGUAAAAGAAAGAAGGCUGAUUCGGGUGUUUUUCCUCAAUUUCAGUCUCCAUAAAAUUAGCUGUAACUUGUUCUAUUGACUGAAUAAAAUGGCGGAAGCAGCAACAAACGAACUGCUUAAACCUGAAGGUGAAACCACAGAUGCUAGUAAAUCUGUUUUUAAUUUGGGAGCUGUUGUUGGUGAUUUAACCAUUGAAGAAGAUGCAAGCAGCAAUGAUAUAUCAUUGGAAGGACUACAACAGGAGCUUGAAGAGUGCAAAGCCGAUGAGGUUGUUGCAAACAUAUUAUCAAAAGGUGUGAAACUGAGGGAGUAUACUAAGGGAGUUGAAAACAAUUUACGCCAAGUUGAAUUGGACUCUAUUCAGGAGUAUAUAACUGAGAGUGAUAAUCUAGUGUCACUACAUGAUCAAAUUCGUGAUUGUGAUGUCAUUCUUUCACAAAUGGAAACUCUGCUUGGUGGAUUUCAGGUUGAGAUUGGUUCUAUUAGUUCAGACAUAAAGAUUCUUCAGGAGAAAUCAUUGGAUAUGGGGCUGAAGCUGAAAAAUCGCAAGGUGGCAGAAUCAAAGUUAGCAAAAUUUGUUGAAGACAUCAUUGUCCCACCAAGGAUGAUAGAAAUAAUUGUUGAUGGAGAGGUCAAUGAGGAAUACUUGAGGACUCUUGAGAUCUUGAGUAAGAAGCUGAAGUUUGUGGAAGUAGAUUCCAUGGUUAAAACUUCAAAUGCUUUAAAAGAUGUUCAACCCGAGUUAGAAAGAUUGAGACAAAAAGCAAUUUCAAAGGUAUUUGAAUUCAUGAUUCAGAAGCUUUAUGCUUUGAGGAAACCUAAAACAAAUAUCCAGAUUCUUCAGCAGAGCAUCCUGUUGAAAUAUAAAUAUGUAAUUACUUUUCUCAAGGAACAUGGAAAGGAGAUUUAUAAUGAAGUGCGUGUAGCAUAUACUGAUACAAUGAACAAGGUGUUAAGUGCUCAUUUUCGUGCAUAUAUUCAAGCAUUGGAGAAAUUACAGCUAGAUAUAGCGGGUCCCACUGACUUGAUAGGUGUAGACACCAGAAGCACGAGUCUUUUUUCAAGAGGAAGAGAGCCUUUGAAAAAUCGGUCUGCUAUUUUUGCUCUUGGAGAUAGGAUAAAUAUUCUCAAGGAAAUUGAUGAGCCUUCAUUAAUUCCACAUAUUGCUGAAGCAAGCUCCAAAAAAUAUCCAUAUGAAGUCCUCUUCAGAAGCUUGCAUAAACUGCUUAUGGACACUGCUACUUCAGAAUAUGUUUUCUGUGGGGAUUUUUUUUGGAGAAGAAUCUGUAUUUUUAGAUAUAUUUUCAGGGCCAUUUACUGUAAUGGAUGAGCAUUUUGGUACAAUUCUUCCAAAUUGCUUUGAUGCAAUUGGUAUAAUGCUUAUGAUUCGCAUCACACACCAACACCAGCUCAUAAUGUCUAGGAGGAGGAUUCCGUGUCUUGAUUCUUAUUUAGACAAGGUUAAUAUAUCAUUAUGGCCACGUUUCAAGAUGAUAUUUGACAUGCACAUCAACAGUCUGAGAAAUGCAAAUGUGAAAACAUUAUGGGAAGAUGAUGUGCAUCCACAUUAUGUCAUGAGGCGUUAUGCUGAAUUUACAGCUUCACUUAUUCAACUUAAUGUUGACUAUGGUGAUGGCCAGCUUGAUCUGAACAUGGAAAGACUCAAAAUGGCUAUAGAUGACUUGCUUAUUAAGCUUGCAAAAACCUUCACAAAGCCAAAACUGCAGACUGUGUUUCUUAUCAACAACUAUGACAUGACAAUUGCAGUUUUGAAGGAAGCGGGUCCCGAAGGUGGGAAAAUUCAGCUCCAUUUUGAAGAACUUUUGAAAAAUAAUACAGCUGUUUAUGUCGAAGAGUUGCUGGUGGAACAUUUUGGCAAUCUCAUCAAGUUUGUAAAAACCCGAGCAUCUGAGGAGGGGAGUUCGGAUAAAGCAGCAAUCAUGGUUGCAGAAGUGGAGCCGCUGGUGAAAGACUUUGGAAGCAGAUGGAAAGCAGCAAUUGAGUUGAUGCAUGGUGAUGUCAUCACUUCAUUCAGCAACUUUCUUUGUGGGAUGGAGAUAUUAAGAGCAGCUUUAACACAGCUAUUACUGUAUUAUACAAGACUCUCUGAUUGCAUGAAGAGGAUUGCAGGUGGGUCCGCUCUUAACAAAGAUCUUGUUUCCAUAUCAUCCAUAAUGUAUGAAAUCAGAAAGUACUCCAGGACAUUCUAGAACAUCAUCAUUCCUUCAUUGAUUUGUAAACAUUUUUAAGGAUUCACUUGCUUUUUUUUUUUUGUCAAUUUGUAUGUGUAUGUGAUGCGAGAAUUGAGAUGAGGUUUUUUUGAUAAAAUAAGAUUGUGGAGUUGUGUUUA